AUGCUUCAACCCCGAAUUGCUCUCCGGGGCAUUCGGUUGCCCUUCAGGUGUUUACCUUCUCUACCUUCCGUAUCGGCUCGUCGUUUCGCUUCCACCAUCAAUGAACUCGAAACUCCUUCGAGCUCGGAAAUUGACCCUAGCGCUUCUUUUGCACCGCCACCAACCCGCGAUACCGCUGGCGUUCUGCUGCGCACAUACACUCCCCGUACACCCGGUGUGCGCCACUUGCGCCGUCCAGUCAAUGACCAUCUUUUCAAGGGCCGUCCAAUUCACCGAUUGACCUUUCCGAAGAAGGGUCACGCCAAGGGUGGUCGUAACAACUCAGGCCGGGUCACUGUACGUCACCAUGGUGGUGGUGCUAAGCGUCGGAUCCGGACAGUCGAUUUCAUGCGAAUGGACGCUGGACCUCAUCUGGUGGAGCGAAUUGAAUAUGAUCCCGGUCGAAGUGCCCAUAUUGCGCUGCUUCGCAGCAAGGAAACCAAGAAAUUGAGCUAUAUCCUUGCCGCCGAUGGCAUGCGAGCUGGUGAGACCGUGCAGAGUUAUAUGUCUGGUAUUCCGGAGGAUCUCUGGAAGAGCAUGGGUGGUACAGUCGAUCCUGGUGUGUUGGCUGCCCGAACCGCAUGGCGUGGAAAUUGUCUGCCGCUGCAUAUGAUUCCCGUGGGAACCCUCAUCUUCAAUGUUGGAUUGCGAGCCGGCAAGGGUGGCCAGCUAUGCCGCAGUGCAGGAACAUAUGCUACUGUCGUGGCUAAGGGUAGCGAUUCCCGACAACAGGAUCUCGAGGCCGAGCAGCCCGAGACCGAAAAGAAGCCCCUCUCUAUGCGUGACCGCAUGAAGCAAGAGCGUCUGGCCCAGCAUAUCACUAUCCGCCUCGCGAGUGGUGAGGUUCGACUCAUCCACAAGGACUGCUGUGCCACGAUCGGAGUUGCCAGCAAUCCCAACUACCAUUACACUCGCUUGGGCAAGGCGGGUCGCUCGCGCUGGCUCAACAUUCGUCCAACUGUUCGUGGAUUGGCCAUGAACGCUAUGGACCACCCUCACGGUGGUGGUCGUGGUAAGUCCAAGGGUAACGUUGACCCGAAGAGUCCUUGGGGUAUUCCGACCAAAUCCGGCUACAAGACCCGCCCCAAGUGGAAGAUCAACAAGGCAGUCGUUCACGCAAGACCUCGCAACCAAGGUCAACGUCGUCGUGGAUACAACUAG